GCAGCGUCUUCCGGUCCGGGUUCACGCGGCUUAGGUACACUGCAUGGUUGGUGUCGCGCCGGGACUGAUUUUUGAGGACAAGACACUAGGUAAAGAGGCGAGCACGGCGUCUGAAAUUACAAGUCUGGAGUCUAGAGGAAGAAUAAGAAAAAAGGCCGGGAACCCGAAUACAAUCUAACCUCUGUUUCCGAGGGGGCAACUUCCACGGGAACCCCUCUGCCCUGGUAACGGCCAAAGAGGAGAUGGCGCCAGCCAGGGAGCGGCUGUGGCCGACACAGUGAGGAAGCCUGAAGGCGGAGCAACCAGAGAAGCCUCGGGAGAACCGCCAGAGCCGUCGCUGCCGCUACCACUGCCACCACCAUGGAAGGGGCAAAGCCGACUUUGCAGCUCGUGUACCAGGCAGUGCAGGCGCUUUACCACGACCCAGAUCCCAGCGGAAAGGAGCGCGCCUCGUUUUGGCUUGGGGAGCUGCAGCGUUCGGUUCAUGCAUGGGAGAUUUCAGACCAAUUGUUACAGAUCCGACAGGAUGUGGAAUCAUGCUAUUUUGCUGCACAGACCAUGAAAAUGAAGAUUCAGACCUCAUUUUAUGAGCUCCCCACAGACUCUCAUGCCUCUUUACGGGACUCAUUAUUAACUCAUAUCCAGAACUUGAAAGACUUGUCACCUGUCAUUGUAACGCAGCUGGCUUUAGCAAUAGCAGAUCUUGCGCUACAGAUGCCUUCCUGGAAGGGGUGUGUACAAACAUUGGUGGAAAAAUAUAGCAAUGAUGUAACUUCUCUGCCUUUUUUGCUGGAGAUCCUUACAGUGUUACCUGAAGAAGUACAUAGCCGUUCCUUACGAAUUGGGGCCAACCGGCGCACAGAAAUUAUAGAAGAUUUGGCUUUCUACUCUAGUACAGUAGUAUCUCUACUGAUGACCUGUGUAGAAAAAGCAGGAACAGAUGAGAAGAUGCUUAUGAAGGUCUUUCGCUGUUUGGGAAGUUGGUUUAACUUAGGAGUUUUGGACAGUAACUUUAUGGCUAACAAUAAGUUACUAGCACUCCUUUUUGAGGUUUUGCAACAAGAUAAGACCUCAUCCAACCUACAUGAAGCUGCUUCAGAUUGUGUGUGCUCAGCUCUCUAUGCCAUUGAGAAUGUGGAGACUAACUUGCCAUUAGCCAUGCAACUUUUUCAAGGAGUCCUGACAUUGGAGACUGCCUAUCAUAUGGCCGUGGCACGUGAAGAUUUAGACAAAGUUCUGAAUUACUGCCGUAUUUUCACUGAACUGUGUGAAACUUUCCUUGAAAAAAUUGUUUGUACUCCAGGCCAAGGUCUUGGGGACCUACGAACUCUGGAACUGCUGCUUAUUUGUGCAGGACAUCCUCAGUAUGAGGUGGUAGAAAUUUCCUUUAACUUUUGGUACCGACUUGGGGAACAUUUGUACAAAACCAACGAUGAAGUUAUUCAUGGAAUCUUCAAAGCUUACAUUCAGAGGCUGCUCCAUGCCUUGGCUCGACACUGCCAGCUAGAACCAGACCAUGAGGGUGUUCCUGAGGAGACUGAUGAUUUUGGAGAGUUUCGGAUGAGGGUAUCAGACCUGGUGAAAGACUUGAUUUUCUUGAUUGGGUCUAUGGAGUGUUUUGCUCAGUUAUAUUCUACUCUGAAAGAAGGCAACCCACCCUGGGAGGUGACAGAAGCGGUUCUCUUUAUCAUGGCUGCUAUAGCAAAGAGUGUUGAUCCGGAGAACAACCCAACCCUUGUGGAGGUGCUAGAAGGAGUGGUCCGUCUUCCAGAGACUGUCCAUACAGCUGUGCGGUACACCAGCAUCGAACUGGUUGGAGAGAUGAGCGAAGUGGUUGAUCGAAACCCUCAGUUUCUUGACCCUGUGUUGGGCUAUUUGAUGAAGGGCCUGUGCGAAAAGCCUCUGGCUUCUGCUGCAGCCAAAGCCAUUCAUAACAUUUGCUCUGUCUGCCGAGACCACAUGGCUCAGCACUUUAAUGGACUCCUGGAGAUUGCCCGUUCCCUUGAUUCCUUCAUGUUGUCUCCGGAAGCUGCUGUGGGCUUGCUAAAAGGGACAGCACUUGUCCUAGCCAGAUUACCUUUGGAUAAGAUUACUGAAUGCCUUAGUGAACUUUGUUCUGUUCAGGUUCUGGCAUUGAAAAAGCUGUUGUCUCAGGAGCCCAGCAACGGCAUAUCCUCAGAUCCCACUGUGUUCUUAGAUCGCCUUGCAGUAAUAUUUAGACACACCAAUCCUAUUGUGGAAAAUGGACAAACUCAUCCGUGCCAAAAAGUCAUACAGGAAAUGGUGAACGUAUACCAUGUACAUCAGCACUCCUGUUUCCUGUACCUUGGCAGUAUCCUUGUGGAUGAAUAUGGCAUGGAAGAGGGCUGUCGGCAGGGACUACUAGACAUGCUCCAGGCAUUGUGCAUCCCCACCUUUCAGCUGUUAGAACAGCAGAAUGGGCUCCAGAAUCACCCUGACACCGUAGAUGACCUGUUCAGGCUGGCCACCAGGUUUAUUCAGCGUAGUCCUGUUACCUUGCUGCGGAGCCAAGUGGUCAUCCCCAUCUUGCAGUGGGCCAUUGCCUCUACUACCCUGGACCACCGGGAUGCCAAUUGUAGUGUCAUGAGGUUCCUACGAGACCUCAUCCAUACAGGGGUAGCCAAUGAUCAUGAAGAAGAUUUUGAAUUACGGAAAGAACUGAUUGGACAGGUGAUGAACCAGCUUGGACAGCAACUUGUCAGCCAGCUGCUCCACACCUGCUGCUUCUGUCUCCCUCCCUACACCCUCCCAGACGUGGCCGAAGUGCUCUGGGAGAUCAUGCAGGUUGACAGACCGACUUUUUGUCGAUGGUUAGAGAAUUCCUUGAAAGGUUUGCCAAAGGAGACAACUGUGGGAGCUGUCACGGUGACGCACAAACAGCUUACAGAUUUCCACAAGCAAGUCACUAGUGCUGAGGAAUGUAAACAAGUUUGCUGGGCCUUGCGAGACUUCACCAGGUUGUUUCGAUAGCUCACGCUCCUGCACUGUGCCUGUCACCCAGGAAUGUCUUUUUUAAUUAGAAGACAAGAAGAAAACAAAACCCAGACUGUGUCCCACAAUCAGAAACCUCCAUUGUGGCAGAGGGGCCUUCACCGCCACCAGGGCGUCCCGCCAGACAGGGAGAGACUCCAGCCUUCAGAGGCCAUCCUGAGGAGCUCCUGUUUGGGGUGUGAGGGAAAAUCAGCGCGGUUUAAGAAAAGAUGGCUGUGGCCUGUCCGGCGUGGUGGGAGGGGAGCUGGUUUCCUGGUGAACUUGUUUCAAAAGGAAAAAUAAUUUUAAAGAAAUAAAAAAGGAAAAAAAAGGAAAACUAAACGGAAACCAGAACUGAAACGUUCACUUGGCAGCAGUGACACACACACAUACACACACGUACCUGUACACACGUGCUGACACGCAUGUGCACAGUAAAAUAAAAGUGCAAAUUUUUGUGAAGCAGAAACCAUUUACUUAGAAAAUGGGAAUUCAGAUGAAAUAACUGCAAUUGGAAGAAAAGGGUCGGGAUCAUCUCUUAAGGUUUUUUAUUGUUUUUUCCUCUCUUUCUCUCCCACCCUCCAUGCCCUUUCCCCCCUCCUCUUUUAACAAAAAUGAGUAGAAAUUUAUCCCACUCUCCCAGUGUUUCUUCCCCCGUCUAGAGUUGCUCAGACAUGGAGAAGCCUGUUUGUUUUAUAUCAUGGUCUCAUCAGUGAUACAGUUCCUACGAGGGCCAAAACUCACGUAUAUCCCAACCCUGACCCUAUCCAGUCUCUAAAUCCACUUCCAAUCCACAGUGGGUUGUCAUCCGCCAAAACUAGGGUGAGUGGGAUAUAAAUGUAUAUUCUAAGUUUUAGUGUUUUUAAGAUUUUUUUAAAAUUUUUCACCCACAGACAUGAGAGAGGAAAAAAGGAGGGUGGGAAUAUGGGGGAAAGUGUUUACAGGGCUAACUGUAUUUUACUAAAAAAUGUGGAAAUUAUUUGACUUCGUUGGGGGGUGAGGCGGGAGAGGGAAACCCAAAGCUGAUCUUAAUGUUUUAAAGGAGUUGCAGCCCUGCACAGGCAUUAGAUUUGAGGGCACUGUUCUGUCUGGUGUUACAGCCAUCUCAAGAACAAAUCAACAGCAACAAAAAAAAGAGAAAAAAACAAUAAAUUUUUAAAAUUUAA